UUUACAGAAUCCAGUCACCUCAGUAGUUGCUGCUUUUUCCUUCCUUUCUCGGUCCCUUACACGCCAUGCAUGCCCACCAACCUUGGUGAAGAUGAUUGUGAGAAGGACGAUUAUCUAUCGUACAUUCCUUGCUGAAAAUAAAAUUCAUCAGCUAGCCUAUCGUCUAGUCCUCUAUUGGGAGCUAGCUCUCGAUCGAAAGCUUCAGACUAGGUAGCUGCAUGAUUGGGGAAGCAAAUAAUUUGGUCUCCUGUGGUAAUUAAUGUGAGCAUGGAGGGGGCAGAGGAAGAAGGAAGAAAGUGAGUGCCUCAUUGCCAAAUGAUGGGAAAAGAAAGAGAGGACGGUGGAAGGUCGCUUUAAGAAAUCACGUUUCCAUAUCUCCCCUCUACUAAACCCCCUAGCCCCUCCCCAAGAGUUUGCUCCCAUGGCUAUGCUAAUUGUAAAUUGAUGGUUAGAAUCAUCUUCAUCUUCUUCUCCUUCAAGCCACUUGCUUGCUCCACGGUGCACUCAAACCUCCAGUGUCAAUGCCGAAUCCUCUUAGCUUCUUCCGAAGCAAGUUUGCUCAAACAUGUUUCUAACUGAAUCGCACAAGUUUCUGGUUUUGUAACCAGAAGUUUGGGGGAGAAAAAAAACUCUCUCUCUCUCUCUCUCUCUGCUGCGCUAUUUUACUGUUCUCUGCUUCCUGAGUUCCUGUCUCACGGGGACAACGAGAAAACGCCAUCAAAAAGCUUGCUUUUUUGCACCAACAGUGACCGAGAAGGACAUCGCACGGGUUCCGACCGUAAAGGCCAGAUUUUGACAGCAAUGGCGGACGCACUAGUGUCCUCUGAGACGGAGAGCAGCGCCAACUCAAUUUCCUCCUCUUCCCUCUCCUCGCCUUCGAACCGGACGGCGGCCGCCUCCACCGGGGCGGGGAUGAGUAGUGGCGGCGGCGGCAGGAAGCGGGGGCUUGACGGGAGCAAUAGUCCUUCGUACCGCGGCGUCCGGAUGCGGGCGUGGGGGAAGUGGGUGUCGGAGAUCCGUGAGCCGAGGAAGAAGUCGCGCAUCUGGCUGGGGACGUUCCAGACGGCGGAGAUGGCUGCGAGGGCGCACGACGUGGCCGCUCUCAGCAUCAAGGGCGCCUCCGCGGUGCUUAACUUCCCGGACCUCGCCGCCUCGCUCCCCCGCCCGGCUACCCUCUCCCCGCGCGAUGUCCAGGUGGCGGCCGCCAAGGCCGCGGCCAUGAUCCCCGCUCCUCUUCCCGAGUCACCCAAGGACCCGAACGCCUCCGAAGAGCUCGGCGAGAUCGUUGAAUUGCCGCGGCUGAGCGAGUGCCUCCUCGACUCGGCCGACUCAGGGAGCGAGUUCCUGUACCACGACCCGGCGCCGGCGGAGUCGUGGUUGCCGUGGGCGGAGACCGGGUUCGGUUUCGGACCGGACGAGAUAUGGGCGACUUCGAACGCUUAUGACUCGACCGGGUUCGGAACUCUUCUGUGGGACUGCUAAUUCUAAACCCCAAAUCCCUCUCUCGACCCUAAUUUUGCAAUGGGGCUCAAAACCCUCGUUUUUAAUUUGCAUUCUCCUUUUUUUUUUUGUGUGUGUUUCAUGUAUUUUUCUCGCGGAAAAUGCAUUUUGUACAUUGCUUUAGAAAAUCAUCAACAAGAAUGAAAGCUUGGAUUUGGUUUG